CGUGUGAGGCCUUCUUGCGAUGGGGGCGGCGGUGUUCUUCGGCUGCACCUUCAUCGCCUUCGGGCCGGCCUUGGCCCUCUGCCUGCUCACCGUGGCCGGGGACCCCCUCCGCGUCAUCAUCCUCGUGGCCGGGGCCUUUUUCUGGUUGGUUUCUCUCCUCCUGGCCUCUCUGAUCUGGUUCAUUUCGGUGCACCUGAGCGACCGGGAGGACGGGCGGCUGCAACACGGGCUCCUGAUGUUCGGGGCGGCCAUAUCUGUUUUGCUGCAGGAGGCUUUCCGUUUCGCUUACUUCAAACUCCUCAAGAAAGCUGAUGAAGGCUUGGUGACCAUAAGCGAGGAUGGACGGUCUCCCAUCUCCAUCAAGCAGAUGGCAUACGUGUCAGGACUCUCUUUUGGCAUCAUCAGCGGCGUAUUCUCCGUCAUCAACAUCCUUGCGGAUUCCAUCGGGCCGGGGACCGUGGGCAUCUAUGGGGAUUCGCCCCAUUAUUUCAUCACAUCAGCCUUCCUGACCAUGGCCAUCGUUCUGCUGCAUACAUUCUGGGGGACCAUCUUCUUUGACGCCUGUGAGAAGAGGUGCUACUGGAAGCUGGCGCUGGUGGUGGCCAGCCAUUUGAUGACGUCCGGGUUGACGUUCCUCAACCCUUGCUACGAGGCCAGCCUCAUCCCCAUCUUCAUGAUCACGCUCUCCACCGGAGUCUGGGCUUUCUUCACGGCCGGCGGUUCCUUCCGCAGCAUCCUCUCCUGCCUCUCCUGCCGACGGAAAGAGGAGAACCAUGUGAUGGUUUACUCCGCACUACAGCUCCCCAGUGAGAACUGAAGAGUCCCAGGAUCCUCCGAAGGGAACGGGAGUCACCCAAGUGCCUUCUUCUUGCCAAUGGUACACAUCCAUUUCUCUCUUUUCUAUUGCUGUCUUUCCUUUCGGAAGAAAAAGCAACCACUCUUGACGUUUUGUACAUUCCUUUGGGAUUCAGGAUAUAAGCGUCGCUCCAGUCGAGAUGUACCAUUUGGAGUUAUAAUUUUCCCUCGCUUCUUCCGUUCAAGAUGGGGAUUGUUGGUUGGCUUUCAGCUCCUCCUUUUGAGGAUCCGGCACAUUUCGGCGUCGGUUGUGAGAUGUUUCCUGUGGCGAUGUGGCGAGCCUUUUUGGAUUUGUGCCAUUUGUAAACAUCUCUGUGUACGCACGCCCAGACCUUUGGACGUAGAGCUUGCCAAGAUAAACGGAUGAGAGAAAAAUGGGGGCUCGUCCGGGAUCGGAAAGGAAAUCCCUCACUUUGUCCUUCUGAAUGUAAACAAAGGCAGGACUGGAGGAAGAGUUUGGAAUACAUGUUGCAAGCGAGGCUCCCAAGCCACGUUCUUCCUUUCCUGCUUGAACAAAUCCUCCACGGUGUACAUUUAUUGAUAUUUUUAUUGGGUAGGAUCGAAUCGGAACUCAUUAGAUUGUAUUUUUGAAGCCACCGGUUCGAGCGAGUGGACUCGUCUGGCUCCACCACUUAGGAUGUUUGGUCUUAGAUUUUCCAUAUUUUGUUUUGUAUUUUUCCUUCCUCGUUCAGUGCUAAGAAUCACAGCCCUCUUGGAAAAAAUAUAAAGAGUGGAAGAAGGAAACUGAGGCCGUUUUGAGAAAGACCGGAGCCUCCAUGUUCUAGUCAUUCUUGUCCAAGCGGUAGAUCAGGCAUGAGCAGAUGUUUUGAACUUCAACUCCUACAAUUCCUAACAGCCUUAGGCCCUUUCCUUUUCUCCCUCAGCUGCUUAAGUGAAAAAGAUUAAUUUCAACAAUUCAGCAGCAGAUCAGUUGCACAACUUCAGCGCUUUCCAGUAGCUUCUUCCUGCACAGUAUUUUCAGUCAACUGCUCCCACUUGGAACCUUUUACAGACACUUGAGUACAUGCCCGGCCAUUGUCAGUUUUACCAUUGUCUUUCCCCCAGUCUAGGUGAUAUUACAAACUUACCACAGCAUACAGUUAUAUCUUGUCUUAGCAGACAGGUUCUUUUAAUUACAUAUAGCCUUCGACGAACAACAUCACAGCACAAGGAGAGAAUAUACACUGUACAUGACUUCCUUAUAUACAAUUCAUUUACACAUAGCAAUCUCUGAUUGGUUCCCAACUCAUUGACUCAACUCAAACCCAGGAUUACAUCAUUCACAAUCACCUGGACUAGGCCAGAACACAUUCCCCAAAUGAUUCCCUAUAUACAGUUAAUGCAUGACUCAGCAUUUCCAAUAGAAGCCCAUUAGCAGUGCAUGACUCAGCUAUAUUACAUUACAAUACAUUGUAAAACCUGACAUGGGGCCUCAUCUGGGAUUGUACUUCUGAAUGUAAACAAAGGCUUAAGCGGCUGAGGAGGAAAAGGAAAGGAACCGAGGCUGUUAGGAAUUGUGGGAGUUGAAGUCCAAAACACCUGUAGGGACAAAGUUUGCCCAUGCAUAGAUGGUGGCAUUAAUUCCAAAGAAAGGUCCAGGGUCCAAGACAGAUAUUUUUCGACUCUGAUUCCCAGAAUGGUGGCUUUCAAAUGGGGAUGAUUGGUAGUUGCCAGUUGUUUCUAGUAUCUAGUAAUCUAUAUGGACAAUGGUGAGGGAUGUUGGGCAAUGCAGUCCAUCAUCUCUGAUUCCUCACCUCUGGUUUAGAAGAAGGUAGAACCACUUCCACCUGUUUACCUGGGUUGCAUAGCUAAUAUGGCUGAUGGAAGUUGCAGCUCAACGGCAUCCGACGAUCCACAAAGAAAAGACCUUUGUUGAGUGGUUGUUGAUGUAGUUUAUGUUUCUUCUGUGAGACGCGGGGGGCGGCAUUGGAACCCGGUCCUUUGACAAAAAUGCUGGCCCUUUAAGAAAAGUUUCUGACGCCAGAGUCCUGUGAUUCGCAGUCCUUCCCCUUCCCUGAAAAAAUUGUGCAAUGAAUAAAAAGGGCUUUUCUUGUGA